GCUCUCUCUCUCGUCGUUGGCUCAUGAACACCAAAUUUCGUGAUUCGUGAUUUUUCAAUUCAAAACUUCCUUCACGUCUUUUCUAGGUGCGGUACUUUUUCAAACUUUUCGCAAAGCUUCUUUCGACCAGUGUUUCGACUUUCUUUUCCGCGUCCACGACUCCACAUGCAUCUGCGACUCGAUCCCUGGCACGAUCAACAACCUAAGUAACUCCGUACACUGCCACUGCAACUUCAACUGCACGCCGCUGAGCUGAGAAGAGGUGCGCACCCCCAUUGAACAGGGCAGGAUCCAUUUCCACGAAUUCGAGGGCGCCCACCAGGUCAGAUUUGUCUGCGCGCGCAGACAAGCCAGUCUAUUUUUUUUAUUUUCGGGGGGACUACUUGUUUAGGUCCAACUUAAGUCUGUCACUUAGACGUCCCCAUUCCACUCCUUUGGUGCGCAAAUCCACUCGACGGUCAUUCCCAACUACUUUUACAACAACACCAACACGUCACCCUGUUGUCGCAUAGCCGAACGGGAACCAUUCGUGCAUUCUCAAGAUGCCUCCCAAUAACGUUGCGCCAAAGCAUCGCCUUACUCUGGCCCAAAUUACUUCCUACGAUGAUAUGCUAACGGAUGCGCUGGUGGACCAUGUAAACCAACCCUCUUGCGAUUAGGAAGCCGCACUUUCUGACGCAUUUUCUUAGGUUUACUACUGGACGAGGAUCCGGAAAAACAAAAGCGCCUACCAUCCCUCCCGUGGAAUUUCAGAAGAUGUGGUUGCGAAGAUCAUUCAGACACAUGUUAUUAUCGCAAAGGACACGGCGCAAGCAGAAAAACAAUUACUCGAGCUUCCAGGUCUUGCCAGAUUCUUACAGGAUUUAAAGUCCGACAAGGAGAAGGAGGAUUUCAGAAAGCAUUUGAGAAAGUACAUCAAUAUUUACCUACCGGAUUGUCCUUUUGAGGUUGCGACGACAAAUAGGUACACGAUCGAUACACACGAGGCGGCAGUUAUUGCGAGACGAGACAUCAAAAGGGGGCAGGUUGUCAAAUAUCUAUGUGGAAUUCAAGUCAUGAUGACUGAAGAGGAAGAGGAAAUGAUCAAGUCAAGUCGUCGGGAUUUCAGUAUUGUGGUAUCAAGUCGCAACAAGGCCGCUUCCCUAUUUCUCGGACCAGCACGGUUCGCGAAUCAUGAUUGCGGGGCCAAUGCUAAAUUAAUGACAUCUGGAAGUGCGGGAAUGGAGAUUAUUGCUGUCAGAGAUAUUGACAUUGGUGAGGAGAUUACAGUCACAUACGGUAAGCUUGAGAGUGCGAUUUGUCUUUCGAGAGUGUCUAAUUUGAUUUGCAGGGGAUAAUUAUUUUGGUGAAGACAAUUGUGAAUGUCUGUGUAAUACCUGUGAAAAGAAUUGUACAAAUGGCUGGUCACAUGGAAAAUUUGAGGAAGCCGGAGAUGCCCCAAAACCAUCUAUCGAGAAUGGAUCGCCUAGCAAAGGCUACUCUUUACGAGCUCGACGAAGACUGGACUCGGAAACACCCUCAUCGAGAAACCAGUCCGAGACUCCUGACUUGAAUGUACGCCCUCAUGUACCAAAAGCCACUCCUAGGUCCUUGUCCCGAUUUAAGAAUGGUGGAACUCCUGCAGGAACAUCGCCAUCAGCCGAGCCGAAACCUAGGGGUUCGAAUUUGAAGCGAAAGAGUCUAUUGAAUACCGAAAAUUCGAACGAAAACGCAGAAAAUGAUGAUCAAAAUGAGCCAUCAGCGAAACGUAGAAAAUCCGAUGUCCACAAUCCUUUGCCGCUAUCUGAGGAGGCCUCUGGUCUAGAAAGUAUCAAAAUGGAGGAACAACCAUCUGUUUUGAUAGAAGCUGUGGCUUACCAUCCCUCGCCGAUUACUCCCGUGGACGAAUCCAGACGUGCGAGUGUCUCGACUACUGCUGAAGAUGGUCAUACUUCGACAGACGCGACAUCUGUUGAUGAAGAUACGAUUGUUGUUGAAUUGCCGCCAUCUCUGACUGCAGCAAUUCCAAUGGCAAAGAACCCCGAAUUACCCCAUCCAGAUCCAAUGGAACAAGCGGAGGCAGGGGAAACGAUUAUUGUUGGCGAGUCAACAUCUGUGGAACAUCCCGCUGUUGAUAGCGGCAUUGCUGCGGAGGAAGUCAUUGUUGCUGAGCGCGAAAGUGUGGAUUCUAAUAAUAAUCAGAAGGAAUGUCAAGAUUCUCCUGAGAAUGGUAGGAAGAGAUCUAUUGAGGAUGAUACCAGUUCAAAAAAUGACGAACGAGUAAAAAAGAAGAGGAAUAGAGGUGUCUCCCCAGCUGAAAUUGUGCGACCUCCUCGAAUUCCGGGGGACUACGUUCUUACAGCAUCGUUACUGGCACAUCCAACAGCCGCAUGGAUUCGAUGCAAGGUUGACGGGUGCAAAGAGUUUUUCGUGCAAGAUGAUGCUUAUUUCACAAAGUCUUCUUGCCCUCGGUGUGAGCGUCACAGCAAGUUGUAUGGAUUCCGGUGGCCUAAGACUGAUAAGGAUGGGCGACACGACUCUGAAGAGCGAGUUCUAGAUCACCGUACUGUCCAUCGAUUCAUUGAGCCUGCCGAAGAGCGAAUUAUUCGCAAGCGUGGAAGUGGAAGUGGCAGUCGAGAUUCUACACGAGAGACUACUGAGGUUCCGAGAUCCAAGCCUGCUAAACCUGCUAAGGUUGUCAAGCCUUCCAAACCCACUAAGUCUACCAAAUCUGCCAAGGCAGCUAAACCUGUUAAGACUCCAAAGGCUCUUAAAUCGACCAAGACGGAGAAGUCUAAGAAGUCUGAAAAUAAUGAGCAGCCCGCGCGAAGACCAUAUAAGCGUAGAGCUGCAACCAAGCCCAUCUCAUUGUGGGAGAUUUCAGAUGACGAAGAAGAGGAGGAUGAGGAAGAUGGAGAUGAAUCAGCAAUCGAGACGGAGGAAGAUGAAGAGGCUGAGGAAUCCGAACCCGAAAUCCGGAGUCGACGAGAUAGGAGUAUCAAGAAGGUUCGCAGAACCAUGUGAGUGGAUAGCUGGAGAUUCGAAUGAGGCGAUGAAUAAGAUGGGUGUUUCUGGGAAGUGUGCGGGACCAGAGCAUACUCUAUUCUCGUGGUUGUGUUGUGCAUUGUUGCUGUCUAGCCGGCCAGCAAGCAUUUGUUUUCGUGCCGUGUUCUUGAGCGAGCAUUUGGGUGGUUUUCUUUUUCUUUCUUUUCUGUCUAUCUAUUCUUCUCCCUGUGAUGGAGAUCACUAUACCAGAAGGUUUGGGCAGAGGUGGUGGUGUUGGGCGUUUAUAAAUCUUUGUAAUCUUUUUUGGGAGAGCUAAUGUGUGUAUUGGUAUGGGCUGGUAUGGCAUGGAAUGGUGUA